AUGUGAUUUUUUUCAAGUCAGUUAUGCUGGAUGUUUGAAAACUGAAUUAAGAAAAAUACACUCAGAAGUUGGCUGAAUGUUGCAAGCUUGCAAAAUGGAAGGAUUUCCCCUUAUUCCCCCUCCCUCUGAAGAUAUGGUACCCUAUGAGUCAGACCUCUACCGACAGCCCCAUGACUAUUACCAGUAUCUCAACAGUGACGGAGAGAGCCAUGGUGAUCAUUACUGGGAAUACCAUCCACACCACAUGCACAGUGAGUUUGAGACCUUUGGAGACAACCACUUCACAGAACUGCAGAGUGUGCAGCCUCCUCAGCUACAGCAGCUGUACAGGCACAUGGAGAUUGAACAAAUGCAUGUCUUGGAUUCUGCAAUCCCAACCACACACAUCGGACUCAACCAUCAGGUGUCCUAUUUGCCCCGGAUGUGCCUACAGUACUCCUCUCCACCUCAGCCCAGUUCUGAUGAGGAGGACAUGGAGAGACAGAGUCCCCCAUUGGAGGUAUCAGAUGGGGAGAAUGAUGGUAUGGACCCUGGGCCCGGAAUUAUGCAUGGAGAAACAGGCAGUAAGAAAAAGAUACGUCUGUAUCAGUUCCUUCUGGACCUUCUUCGCAGUGGGGACAUGAAGGACAGCAUCUGGUGGGUGGACAAGGAAAAAGGUACUUUCCAGUUCUCCUCCAAACACAAAGAAGCAUUGGCACAUCGCUGGGGCAUCCAGAAAGGCAACCGCAAGAAAAUGACCUACCAGAAGAUGGCACGGGCUUUGAGAAACUAUGGCAAGACAGGGGAGGUCAAGAAAGUUAAGAAGAAGUUGACCUACCAGUUUAGUGGAGAGGUGAUGGGAAGGGGGGUCACUGAUAGGAAGCAUUAUCCUCACUGAGGCCAUGGGACCCUAAGCAAGAAAAAUAUUAAGACCUCCUGGCUGGAUACCAGCAGAGGAGAUGGACACAUCUUUCUCUUUGCUUCCUGUGCCCCCUUCUCUGCCUUUAAACAGCCUUUACCAUCAGAUGUUUCUGGUACGAAUUCCCUUCUUCAGCAUCUGAGAAUCCUAACCAUGACAGAAUUCUUUGCUUCCAUCCUCCAAGUUGGACAGAGUUGGGAAAUUUAAACAAUGUACAAAUAUAUUAUUGUCAGGAAAGAUUUUUUUUUUUUGAUUGUAUUGUAACUAAAAAAUACAGCCGAUGAUGUUUUGCCUCCAAAGGUGGUGCUGUGUCACCCACAGUGACACCGCGAUAGCUUUCAGCUUUCAAACUAGCAUUAAUACAGGCUCUGCCGCAGCUCUCAAGGCUAGAGAGAAGUUUGCAGAUCUUGGAAUGAUACUCGUUCUUUUAAAUAGUAAUAACAUGUACAUAUUUAAUAAAAUUAGAUAUAAUGAAGUUCUGGUAUUUGCAUAAUAAAUGAUUACUUCACAAACAAAUCUUGCUCAUUCAAUUAUGCAGGUAUAGGUCCUCUGUGAUGUCUGAAUAAAAGGCACGCAGGGCUAUAGGGCCUUUUCCAUCUGUUGAUACUUUUUAAUUUACCUAGAAACACUGUCAGUGCUGUCAAACUCAGUAGAAAAUAUAAUAGGUGAGAUACAGUACUGUGAAAGAGACUACAGUACUGAAGUAAAUUUAAAUAUACAUAGAUAUAUAGAUAUAUAUAUUUGUCACUAUUUUUUCCAGUGCAAACAAAACCCUACCAGUUGAAUCAUUUCUAUUCAUGUAUACCAAGAAUAGCAUUUAUAGCUCCGUCUGGUCUAACAUAAGAAUUAGCCAUAUUCUCCUGUGGUUUCAGUUAUUUUCCUACUCCUGUUGCUUCUUCUGGCCUUCCUCCACAGUGAUAUCUUGAUUUUAGCUUAUGAAACUUUCCUAGAAUUAAGUUGCAUUUAAUCAUGUCUUUGCAGAAUUUUAAUACAAAAGGGUUUCAAGAUUUUAAAUGUGGAUUUUAGUCCCUACAGUAAAACAACUGAUAGUAAUUAAUAACAACUUCAUUGUAUAGAUUACAGUCAAAAUGCAAAAUAAAAGAUAACUCAAUACCUGAGAUACCAUGGUAAAUUUACCCAGUACAUCUAAACAUAGAAAUGAAAUUCAAGGUCAAUCAAAGCUAAGAAAAUUAUCAUUUUAAAUUUUAACAUUAUUUAACGUAUCUCAAUUGUUUUCAAGCACCCAGAAAUCAGGAAAACAUCAUGACUCUUCCAAAAUAUAUGAGGUGAAAUGAGGCAGAUCUAGAAUGAAGAGAAGGGUUUUGUUUAACAAUAUUGAUAUGCAGUACAUCAUGCCAAAUAAGACAAUUUGGAAGUCAUAACUAAGUAACCUAACUAAUUAACUUGAAAUUUUUCAGAGCUUGCUCCUCACUGAAACCAAAAAUCGUUGGCAGUGAUGAGCUUUUUAUAGACCUGAGUUCUCAAAACUAUAUCUAAACAUAGUCAGUGUUAUCUACACUAACAAUCUCACUGUGGAAGUGAAAAGUCUGGUGACAGCAUUGGGCUACAGUGUCUCCUUGGAGCCAAACAGGAAGAAGUUCCUGCUUAAAAAACAUCACAAUGUGCUACUUCCCAGUUCAUAACCACGAUAAAUAUAUCGAUCAACAAAAAAAUUAACUGAGAGUUAAAAGCAAGUAAGGGCUUCAGAACUUUCUCUAUCCAAGACAAGAAUGACAAAUAGAAAUUACCUUUCAUACUUAUAAAAAAUCUUGCAAUUCAACUUUUAAUUACUGGAGGAUCAUGUAUACUCUCCUAGUCAAAUAUUUUUCAUUCAUCUAGGGUUAAGAUAAGUCAAAUCUAUGAAACAAAUAAAGAAGAUAUUUUUUUUCUAAAAUUCCACUGGAAAAAUUUACCUCCUAUAAACCACAUCUGCAUCCAUAUUGCAAUUUUAGGAUGGAAGCUGAAGACACUGAAGGCAGCUCUCAGAAGACUAGAACAACACUCAGCACUGACAUAAUAUAGGUUUCUUCAAUGCUGAACUAGAAACUCAGGACUUUUCUGCUUGGUAUUGAUGACUCUCCACCACUGACUUGGAAUUAGAAAGAAAUAAAAGACAUUUGCACUCAUCAGACUUGCAGAUAUUCAAGAAAACUAGAGUAAUAAUUCCUCUCCUCAUAAAAAUAUCUUUAUCACAAACAUAGCUUGAAAAGCAGAACUGAUCCUUCUCUGACGCUAUAAUUUGGAAGAGAAGGAUCAUUUCCUCUUGCAGGAAAACUAUGAUAACUGGAAAGAGUCAAAUAGUGAAUUAAUUGUGGAGAUGCUUAGGACAUCACAAAAGCAAUUUCAGGCUUAUCAAAAGCUUUCUAAGAUCAAUGACAACUACUUUUCCAUUUUCUUAGUAAGUCUUGCAUAAAAACCAAUUAGAUGCUAGAUAAAUAAUACAAAAUUAAAAUAAGCAUUCAGACAGAAACAACAAGAACUUUUAAAUGAGUUAUUUGAGCACUGUGUAUUAAUAUAAAAUGUUAAUUUAGAGCAUCUACUUGUACUUGAAUUAUAGAAUUUGCAUUUCAUACUGCUUUUGACCACAAGUAAUGUGUAAAUUGAAGAAUCUGAGAAAAAUAUUUCGGGGGCAGUAUUAUUUAUAAUUAAAACUUUUUAAAAAUA